AUGUCUCAGCAACUCAAUGCCUCACUAAAAACAUUAACAAUGCCAGAGAUUAUCGACGCAGUUUCUGUGCAAAACUCUACAGAUACUCAUUCUUGCAUCAUAUCUGCGGCGCAAGACAAAGCUGCGCAUAUCAAAAAUCUUUGCCUUGCAUCGCCUACAUCACUUGAAAUUGCACUCAAGCAGCUCACUGUCAAGGAAAUACUUACCACUCUUCAUGAAUUCAAACUCCCCAUAGCUGACAAAUUCUUUCAAAAUGCAGUGCUGUUAGCGGCAGACACAAAAGCCGCUCGACUACGAGAUGAUGAAGAAAGACAGUUGAAGAAAGUUUGUUUGCAACAGGCCCGAGACAUCUCUGUUAAAACAUCAUUCCUGGAGGAGGUGGGAGACUCAGUGCAAAACAGUCAACAACUCGUACAAGGGAUGUUACUGUAUAAUCCAGCUAUUACGACUAAAGAUGAUGAACAACUUGGUUUUUUCUGCGAGAAGUGCUUCGACGAUAUCAAAUCAAACAAAACUCCUGCCUUAUCACUUGCUAAUAAUCUUUGGGUCGGCGAAAUUCCGGACGAACUCACAAUGCUUACUCUUCCCGAACAAGAUAACAUUGCGCUGUUCCCAGAAAAUGGUAUUCCGGACGUCAUUACAGCUUCUGUUCAACAUCUCGAAGAUAUUAUGGUUGUAGAUAGCGAGCGGGAAGACUAUGUACCAGAAGACGAUUCUCAAGACUAUUCUGUGAAUAAAGCUUUUCUGACAGGUAAAGACACUGUAGAAGACAGCAUUGUUAACGACACAGUUCAAUCUCAUGUGUUACUUGAUAGUAAUGUAUCGGAUGUGGACGACGAGCAGCUGUUAGCACACACAUUGUGCAAUAUUUCUGAGCAGUAUCGCAUACAGCGCGGCUCCACCUUUGUCAAUGAAUAUCCUCACCGAAACGCUGAUCAGACACUGAGUAUCGGUGAUUCCGCCAAUCCAAAUCACUUACUUGGAGCCUUUCCAUGCUUAUUUCCUUACGCUGCGGGAGGCUUUGAAAUUCAACGACCACGUCCAGUAACAUAUGAAGCUCACGCUCAAUGGGCAAUGUGCUAUGCAGAUCGUCGCUAUCGCAAAGACUUGCAUUUCAUGUUCCAAGUCUUCAGUGUCAUACAGAAACGCCAACAUCUAACUGCUGUACGAUCCAAAGUCAUGGGUACAGAUAAAUCGCGGACCAAAAUACGCUCGUUGAUCUGGGGAAUGUCUGUAAUGAAGAAUCCACCUUCGCUAUGGAUUACUAUUAACCCAACCGAUACGCAUGACCCAAUAGCUCAAGUUUUUACCAGAGCAGAAAUCGAUCUCGACCAUUUCCAGCGCCUUGCAGCAAUCUUAGAAGAGCUGUUCGGUAUACGACUGUCUCAAGUUGUUCGGGGCCGUGUGAUUUGCAAACGACGUGCACCUUUGCAAUUGCAAGAUACUGCGUGGAUAGACUCCAAAGGCAGAUGGGGUCCAAAAAGGACAUUCACGAUGAUGAACAACUGGAAUCCUACUAUUUUACUUGCCACUCGAGCGAAUCACGACAUCAGGUUGAUCACAAAUGGCGAGGAAACCAAGAUAUCGGAUUCUACAUUUCAAUAUGUUCAAGAACUAAACAAACACUUGAUCCAGCGCUGUGCUAAUUUGCUCAGUCGAGAGCAGGAAUUUAGCGCGCCAGAAGUUGUCACUUAUCUCAUGAAAUGGGAAGAUCAGUAUAUCUUACAUCACUUCGAAACCAUUUACUUCUCCUCCGUCAUUAAUCUGCUCAAAAAAACAUGGCCACAGCUCGUCUCUCAAAGUCAUGUAGCCAAACUGUCCAGCACAGGAGAGUUGCAUGAUUGGCCUGACUCCGCACAAGCUUUUGAUGCAGAAUACGCUGUACUGCAUUUUGAGGAAGAAACACAGUCAUUACAACUCUCUAUGCUAGCGUUAUUGCAACCAUGGAGAUCAUUACCAGAUCUCAAACCAGCUCACCUCACAUUCGAAGACGCGUUCAAUGUGUUUACCAGAGCAGCGUCUGUAGAUGUACUGAACAUAAUCGAAAACGUUCAGUACUUUUAUGAGUGCUCUGACCAGGUGCGGGAGAGACAAGUCAAUCGGGCAUUUGAUUCUGCAUGGGGAAUAGCUGCUGCUGAAACUACUCAGACUGAUGAAGAUGAUGCCGAAGAAGGGAUUGAUGAUGCGCUAGGAGAAGAAGAUUCAGAUGACAAAAGCUCAGCCAGAAUCAUCACUGAAUCUGAUAUCGAAAACGCACUGCAAGAUUGUCACUCUACUCGAGAAAUGUUAUAUGCCGACGUUGCAGUCAAUAUUGCGGAGGAUUUCGCAAUUUUUGGUGAUGAUGCUGUCCAAAUUGUGUCAUGUCCACCAAGGCGCAUUGUCACUGCAAAAGAAAUGGAGAUGUGCAUGCAAUGGCAGGAGAUAAUAAAGCAUGGUCACGGAGCUAAUUUGAAACCGGUCGAAGAAGACAAGCACAACGUUGGCGCCGUUACAACUACUUUGCUGCCUUUAUCUUCUAACAACAACCGUCCCAGAACUGUGGAGCUUGAAGUCGACACUACUCUUUCAAAUGCUAUAGCAAACUGCGCAACAUAA